UCUUCCUCCUCCUCCUCCUCUUUCUUCUUCUUCUUCUUCUUCCUCUCGAAUCUGCUUUUUGCAGUCGAUUUCAUCUUCGAUAAGUAAAUCAGCAAAUGGCUUCGUAUUACUCUGGGUUUUUGAGUUGUGAAGAGCCACACUUUUUGGAAUCUUGUUCUCUUUGCCGGAAACACCUUGGUCUUAACUCCGAUAUCUUCAUGUACAGAGGAGACAAGGCCUUUUGUAGCAAAGAGUGUAGAGAAGAACAAAUUGAAUCUGAUGAAGCUAAGGAGAGAAAGUGGAAAAAUUCUUCAAGAUCUCUCCGGAAAAAAUCUUCUGAAACUAAAGAAUCCGUCGCCGGCAACACCGUACGGACAGGAACUCUCGUCGUGGCGUAGUAUAAGUUUUAAUUACAUAAAAAUUAUCAAGCAAA